AUCGGUUCGAGAAGUUAUCAAUAUAUGAAAAUGUUUAGAUCUUAGUAUUCAGUUAGAUGGAAAUGGCAUCAUACCCUGGAGGAUCAGUGCUUAGAACAAAAGAAACAGAAAUGAUGCAAGGGGUGAAAAUGUCCAUAAAUUCAAUUAGCAACGAAAUGGACAUUGGCGGACAGAGGAACCAAGCUUAUGAGGAGGAUUCCUGUGACUCGAUUGAUUCUGCAAGUGAUGCUACAGACACAGAAUCAUCGGCUGCAGAUGAUUUUAGUAUAGAGGAAACAAAAGAAGUCCAGUACCGCCAAACAGAACCUAUAUUUAAAUCACCAAAUCAAGAAAGGUCUGAAGCCAAGUCCUGGGAUGUUUUCCGAGUAACUUCAGAAGAUAACGUGUCGAGCUCUUCUAUUGAAUGUUGGAACGCUUGUUUUCUAAUCAGCAGAAUAAUGUUCUCUUCUCUUCUCUUUAUGUUGGUGUUUUCAACGUCCAUUUUAUCGAAAAUGACAUUUCUGUUUAUGACGGCCAAUAUAUUUCCUUCUACAACCGAAAAAAAUCUGAAGACUUUAAACGGAACUUUGUCGUAUACUUUAAACGCUACUGAUGUGAGAUGGAUUUGGGGAAUUCUAAUUACCAUUACAGCUCCCUAUCUGUUUACGAUACUCAAAUAUUUGUGGGUGCUGAUGCUACAGAGAACCUGGCCAAUGCAGUGGAACACCCUUGUAGUGGCACUCAUCCUUGAAUCACUUCAUUCGAUAGGAUUGUGCAUUUUUGUUCUAGUAGUUCUACCAAGUUUUGAUCCGUUGACAGCGUGUGCCGUUUCUUUCUGUGUAUGCCCAAUACCUGGGAUACUAAAGAUUGUAUUUCCUUUAAGAGAACACGACGACAAAAGCAAUUUGCCAACUCGUAUCCAUGUUGCUCGCGUUUUGAAUAUACUGGCUUUUGCUGGUCAGCUAGCCUCAAUUUGUCUCUGGGCCUACUAUAUUUAUUGUUCCAAAACCAGCAACUCUCUCGUUCUCAUAUCACUAGUGAUUUUGUCUCCAAUUUUAAUAUCAAUUUCAUGGUGGGAAAACUUCAUUCCGCAGUCUAGUACAGAGAGGCUUAAAACUUCUUUAAGAUACACUAAAACUGAAAGUAAAAUUCCAUGGAUUUUUCGCUUUAAAAAGAACAUGAGAAGGGAGAAAGUGAGAAUUGGUAUCAUAACCAACUUAUGGAAGAUAAUAUUGACACUUCUUGUCAUGCCUGCUCUCUUAUUUGGUGCAAGUUGCAAGGACGGGGAUGCUUGCAUUAAAACCAUUUUCUUUGAGUCAACCGAGAAAGCUGAAUUGAACAUUGUUUAUACAAAUCUCACAUUUGAAACUCCUCAAAAAGAUAGCUGCUAUUCUUACCUUCCAUUUGUUGUAGCAAUCAUUAACGUAAUGUCCAGCGUGAUUUGCUAUAAAUGUGUCAAAUCAGCCAGCAAAAUCCUUGCACAAAAAUUUUCGUAUGCGGUUCCGGUUGUGUUAUCUACGCCGGUUGUUAUUGGUUUAUUUUGGGGAAUAUAUUCAGAGUUUAUAACUCUGAAAAUCGCAACAGAUGCUCAAACUUGUGCCAUUCCUUUGCCAGUUUGGGCAAGUAAAAACUAUGAUCCAUCUUCAAUGUUCAAGAAUAUCCAGUUCUCUUGGUCUGCUGUUUUAGCUGGGCUCUUUGGAUUCUUCUCCUUUUUGAUGAUUUCUAAUCAUAUAUGGUCACCAGACAAGGAACGAUUAAUUGCUACUGACCGUCUUUUUGUUCGCUCAUUGUAUGAUGGAGUGUUCCCGGAUCAGUCUCUGUUUUUGAAUAGAAGGAGGAUUGUUAAGGAAACAAAAGCAGAAAAACAUAAAGAAAUCAAAGAGCUUCCAAUACCUAAUGAUACUGACGAAAAUUCACAAAAUAAAGAGUGGUCCGAACUUAGGGAGGAUGAUACACCGAUGAUAUAUAUGUGUGCAACAAUGUGGCAUGAAUCAGAGGUUGAAAUGGUGCAGAUACUCAAGUCUAUAUUCAGACAAGAUUAUGACCAAUGCGCUAGGAGAAAUUUGCAAUUAGGUCUUGGGGUUAAAGAUCCUGAUUACUAUGAAUUUGAAGCACAUAUUUUCUUUGAUGACGCCUUUGAAUCCCGACAAGACAGCAAUGGAAUAUACAAAGUCAACAGCUAUGUUAAACAACUUAUCGCAUCGGUAGAAACUGCAGCAAGAUCUGUACCAGGAAUAUCAAAGACAAUUGAUCCACCUAUUCGAACAAACACGCCUUAUGGAGGUAGAUUAGAAUGGCGACUUCCGGGUGAAAACAAACUGAUUGCCCAUCUCAAAGACAAAACUAAAAUCAGACAUCGUAAAAGAUGGAGUCAGGUGAUGUACAUGUAUUAUUUUUUGGCGCAUAAACUGGCAAAACUUCCUGGAAAGUCGCGGCGUCAAAAGCGAACAAUUGCUGAAAACACAUUCUUACUGGCCCUGGAUGGCGAUGUCGAUUUUCAACCUAAUGCUGUUCAACUGUUGGUCGACAGGAUGCGAAAGAACCCCAACGUCGGUGCCGCGUGUGGCCGAAUCCAUCCUAUCGGAUCGGGUCCAAUGGUUUGGUACCAACAAUUCGAAUAUGCUGUUAGUCACUGGCUGCAGAAAGCAGCGGAGAACAUAAUGGGAUGUGUGCUUUGUAGUCCGGGGUGUUUUAGUUUGUUCAGAGGUUCUGCGCUUAUGGAUGACAACGUCAUGGCCAAGUAUACAAAAGUUCCAACUGAGCCGCAUCAUUAUGUCCAGUACGAUCAAGGAGAAGACCGAUGGCUUUGCACAUUGAUGUUACAACAGGGUUACAAAGUCGAGUAUGUGGCUGCCAGCGAUGCACUGACCUAUGCUCCGGAAACUUUCAAUGAAUUCUACAAUCAGCGAAGGAGGUGGUCUCCGUCAACCAUGGCUAAUAUCAUAGAUCUCUUAAUGGACUGGAGGAAUGUUACCCGAAAAAACGAAGACAUUACUAAGAUUUACAUCUUGUAUCAAAUGUUUUUGAUGAUUUGUUCGAUUCUGACUCCGGGUACAAUUUUCCUAAUGGUUCUUGGUGCAAUAAGCAUGGCUUUUCCGGCUAUUCCUCCAUUCGCAGGGAUGAUAGUAAAUCUUAUACCGGUGAUUGGAAUGAUUAUAUUGUGUUUUGUUGCCAAAUCAAGCACACAGUUGGCUUAUGCAGCUGUUGUGUCCACCUGCUACUCUCUUCUGAUGAUGGUUGUUCUUGUUGGUAUACUACUGGAGGCUGUUACAGCCGGAUUAUGUUCCGUCACAACACUGUUUCUUUUGUUUGUCGUUGGAGUUUUCUUCGUUUCGGCAGUUAUCCAUCCACAGGAGUUUUAUUGUGUUUUGCAUGGGUUUCUGUAUUUCCUUUCCAUUCCGUCCAUGUCCAUGCUGUUAAUGAUUUAUUCCCUUGGAAAUUUGCAUGUGGUAUCCUGGGGAACACGGGAAACUAAAGAAACACCGCCACAACAAACAAACCAAGCUACAACUACAAAAUCAGCCAGAUCAUCGACGUUGUUAGACUCGUUUGGUCUUGGUGAAGAGAAAUCUGAAUAUUUGUUAUCAUGUGGAAAAUUUAUUAGAUGUUGUCCAGUAAAGAGAACAGACGACAGACCAUUCAGAAUUAUACUGGAGAGACUUGACGGCAUAGAAGCUCAAAUAAUGAAAGAUACAGAGGAGUAUAAACCAGAGGAACAGAAAGAGGAAGAAAAUGUUCAUUUUUCAAGUCUAAGCGACAUGAUUGAUGGACAUAUAGAACGAAGCAAUCCAUUAUUUAACUACGAAGAGCACAAGCACAUGAUGAAUUCUCAGACAUGGAUGGACGACAACGAUCUAAAAAGGGGAUCUGUUGCUGUACUGGACAAUGAAGAAAAACUUUUUUGGGAAGAAUUCAUACCAAAGUAUUUGAAGCCACUAGAUACCGAUAAAGAACAUGAAAAACAGAUGCACCAAGGUUUGAUUGAACUUAGGAACAAAGUUUGUCUCGCUUUCCUGUUGAUGAACGCACUCUUUGUUACAAUUGUUUACGUCUUAACAGAAGUGAAUGCAAAUACUAAACAUGCACUUUCCGUUAAACUGCCCUGCACUGUCUCAGAGGGGCCACCUGGUCGAGGAUAUAUAGAACCAAUAUCAUUCGCUUUUACGGCAAUAUUUGGAAUCAUGUUAUUCUUGCAAUUCAUUUGCAUGCUUAUGCAUCGAAUGUCGACAUUUGUUCACAUUGUUGCUUCAAACAAGUUAGACUGGAAAAGGAAACUAAUUGCUGGGAUAACUGCUCAGACUGAAGUUCCAACUGACAUUGGAGUCGAAGAUGGGUUGGAAAUUGUUAAAGGACUUCAAGCCGUGAAGGAAGACGAUACAAUAUCUAUUGCUUCAGUGGAUACCACCUUCAGUGAAGAUUCCUAUAAACGUACGGAAAACAAGAGCAGAGACAUGUGGAAAAGAUACACUAAGCGACUGAGGGAACAAACACAACAACAAACACAACCACAAGAAUUACGUGUACAAUUUGCAAAGAAUUUGUCUAAAUUUACCAAAGCUUUAGAAGAAGGGGAUGACGCGAGCACACGGGGAAUGCAAGAGGAAAAUAAUGCUGUUCUUUAUGAACAGAAAAUAUCUGGGGUUAAACGGCUUCUAAAAGAUAGAUUUAAUAGAAAAACACUUGCCGCGGUCAGAACGAUUGCUGAAAAUCAACAAAGAACUAGUGAGAUAAAAAGAAGAGCAACAGCUCUGAAUAGAAAGAGAAUUGUUCAAAGUCGUUGGCAAGCCAUUGAAGAGAAAAUAAGACUAACCCAAGAAAUUGAUAAAGGUGUUACUAGUUAUCCCGAUAGGCCUACUAAAGUUGGUUUCGCGGCAGUGACCAAAGCUGCUUUGGCCCAGGAGAAAAGGAGACGCCUUGAGGAGGGAGAAGAAGUCCAAGAAACAAGCAUCAGUGAAACCACAUUCAAGAAACCGUACAAAAAAUUAGACCAUGAUGAGAAAGAUAAUAAUGAACAAAGUGAGGACAACACGCAACGUCAACCUGAUCCUGAAAAUCAAAGAGAAAUUUUGUUAGACAUUGAAGAGAAGGGGACUGAUGAAGAAGACUCAAUUUCAAAUUCCCAGAAGAAAGAAGAAAGUAAGGAUGAGCAAGAUGCAUCCGUCGAAGUAACUAAUUUUUAACGUUCAUCGGCUUUAAAUAUCAUUAUGAAAUAUUGACAACACAUCAGCAUCAUUAAAAUUUUUAGAACAUCAAAAAACUUGUAACUGGUAAUAGUUAUUUUUAUUAUGUAAAUAUUUUGUUAUAAAAUAAAGAUUAAAGAUGUAAGAUGUAUUAAGUUUGAGAAUU